AGGGAAUGGCGUCCUCGUCCAUUCUUCGUCAGGAAGAAUGAUUGGCUAACUGCUGUUGUGCUCGUGAUUAGCGCGCCUAUCGACACCCUGAAACGGGCGAAAAGACGACCAUCUUCCUCGGUUACACCUCCAACCUCAUCUCGUCCGGCCUCCGGGAUACCCUCCGCUACCUCGUCCGUCACAAGCACGUGUCGGCCAUCGUUACGACGGCGGGCGGCGUGGAGGAGGACCUGAUCAAGUGUUUGGGGCCAACGUACAUGGGGACCUUCGCGGCGCCCGGGGCGGGCCUCCGGGCCAAGGGGCUGAACCGGAUCGGCAACCUCGUGGUACCCAACAAGAACUACUGCGCGUUCGAGGACUGGAUCGUGCCCAUCUUCGACCGGAUGCUGGCGGAACAGGAGGCCGCCAAGCAGAAGGCGCGGGAGACGGGCAACGACGAGGACGAGCUCCACUGGACGCCGAGCCGAGUGACGGAGCGGCUGGGACGCGAGAUCGACAACGAGGACUCGGUGCUCUACUGGGCGGCGCGCAACGGGAUCCCGGUGUUCUGCCCGGCGCUGACGGACGGAAGUCUCGGAGACAUGUUGACCUUCCACACGUUCCGAUCGGACCCGCAGCGGCUGCGGAUCGACGUGGUGGAGGACGUGCGACGGAUCAACCUGAUGGCCAUGAAGGCGGCGCGGGCGGGGAUGAUCAUCCUCGGGGGUGGGGUGAUCAAGCACCACAUCGCCAACGCGUGCCUAAUGCGCAACGGAGCGGAACACGCGGUGUACCGACGCGGGGCGCGGCCAGAUGAGGCGGUCAGCUGGGGAAAGAUCAAGCCCAACGCCUCGUCAGUCAAGGUGUUUGCCGAGGCAACGGUGGUGGUGCCAUUGAUUGUGGCGGGGUCGUUUGCACGGGCGUCUGAACCGUCUGCGGAGGGAUCUGGUCGUUAAACAUGGUCUAUAGAGAUGAUUCGGGUUGUACAUAAUUCCAUUAACUAGAGGGACUAUCCUUUUCUUCCAUUCUCCUUAUUUGUGAUUUCUUUGUAAUUUUAUCUUUAUCUUCUUCUUAUUUUCCCUUUUCUCCAGUUCCUUUCCUAUUCGGGUCCAGGGUCUCCGGGUCCCCCGUAUGAAAUGUCAAAUAUAGAACAGCCGAAUAACCGAAGUGGGUCUGGAGGCGACCGGUGCCUCAGGCCGUGUGGAGACGGCCUAGACCGUUAUCGAUAUUGAACAUGGACAUUGUAUGAGCACCAAUAUCAC